UUAUACUUUCUAUAUGUUAUAUUUUCCAAUUUGCUAACUUCUUGUUUAAGAUAGCUGUAUACAGGCUUGCAAGUAAGUCUAAAACUAAAAUUUUUCUUUUUAACUUUUAUUAGAAGAGUUAAACUGGCUUUAUAAUAACUCUCCCAGAACAUUUAUUUAUGGGGCUUUUUAUAUUUUUCUGUUUUGGAACCAAAUGCUCUUGCAUGACCACAAAAUGACUGAUAAUGGCUCAUAAAACUGAGAGCUGUUCAUCUGCAUAACUCAAGGCUGUUUAUCAUGCCUUAUAAACUCGAAUGCCUAAUAAAUGCUUUCUGAUAAUAACACAUUUAAGAAUGUGGCUCGUGCAUAUUAAGAGUAAAACUUCUAGUCCACUUCCAGCUUAGCCAUGGUAGCUAACUCGACCACUAACCCGCUGUAGCUGCUUCCUCUAGAGCUUGUGGACAAGGAUAGGAUCAAGAAUUCACAUUGAGAUGAAGAGUGAUGAGGAGACUGUUGGCAUACUUCUGGGAUUUGGUGACUUUGUCAAUAUGGUACUGGAAGAUGUCACUGAAUUUGAAAUCAUACCAGAACGAAGAAGAAUUACUGAAUUAGAUCCAAUUUUGCUAAAUGGAAAUAAUAUACCAAUGCUGGUUCCUGGAGGACAAGGACUUGAAAUAUGAAUGACUUCCUUGACUUAUGCUAGAUGCUGUUCUGUCUUGUAAUGACAACAAAAGUUUUUUUUAGUCUUUUAAUGUUUGUAUUCUGUGAAGUCAAGUUUCCCAUUAAAGGGAAGUGCUUUGAUGAUGCAUUGUAAAUGCCCAUUUUUGUAAGUUAAUCAGGAUUAUAUUGGGAAAAGAACAGUUUGUUCUUUGAAGACAAAAAUAAACAUGUUUUUGUUAACUGUCAAAAAAAAAA